GGCGCGUAGGUCGUUGAGAGUGGGGGACCUGUGAUCGUUUGGCGCUCCCUGGCGGAAUGGGGCGGUUACGCUGGCCGGCGGUGGCGGUGGUGGCCGUGGGCCUCGUGCUGGCCCUGGAAGCGCUGCCCUCAGCCCUGCGUUGGUGGUGGGCCGGGCGGCGGCGGCGGAGGCCACGGCAUGAAGUUCUCUUCUUCCCAUCGCAAGUAACCUGCACCGAGGCCCUGCUGCGGGUGGCGGGCCCGGGGCCGUCGGCGCCCCUCGCUGGCUGCGGGUGCGGCCUGCCCCAUGGCGAGAGCUCCCUUAGCCGCCUGCUGCGCGCCCUGCUGGCCGCCCGCGUGAGCCUGGAGCUUUGCCUCUUUGCUUUUUCCAGCCCGCAGUUGGGCCGGGCGGUGCAGCUGCUGCACCAGCGCGGAGUGCGCGUCCGUGUUGUCACCGACUGCGACUACAUGGCACUCAAAGGCUCGCAGAUCGGCCUGCUUCGCAAGGCAGGUAUUCAGGUGCGACACGAUCAGGACCUGGGCUACAUGCACCACAAGUUUGCAAUCGUGGACAAGAAGGUGCUGAUCACCGGCUCCCUCAACUGGACCACACAAGCCAUUCAGAACAAUAGAGAAAAUGUUUUGAUUAUGGAGGAUGAAGACUAUGUGAGGCUUUUUCUGGAAGAAUUUGAGCAUAUUUGGGAAGAGUUUAACCCUACGAAGUAUACUUUUUUCCCACAAAAGAAGAGAAGUCAGUGAAGCUGUGCUGUCACCUCUGUCUUGAGUUGGAGGGGGGAGAGGUGUUUAAUGUCACAGAACUUUUGUUACCACCAGUUAAAACCAGAGCGGACCUACAAGGAACAGGACCCUACUGGCUGGUGUCUGCCCAGAGCUGCUGUGAGCUACAUCAGCAGAUUCUACAUUCUGUUCGAGAGAGACCUCAACACUGUAUAAAAGAUCGUCAGACUAAAUCCUCCUUCAUUAAGAUACUGAAGUGAACUAAAGAGGGUUUAGUGUUAAAAAGGAAAAGGAAAUUUCUUCAGCAUCAGGUCAGUUGUUCUGAACUUUGGUUUUUCCUUCCACUCAAAGUAAAUGCAGCCACAGCUGCUUGUAUGCUUGCAGGUACCUUGCCUGGUGCCUGGGUUGAGAACAGAAGGCUUUCUCUCGUGCAGCCACACAAAAAAGGGAUGAGGCCUGUUUCAGGGUCGAACACCUUUCCUGAUUCUAGAGAAUCUCCCCCUUCUCGGGCCCACUCCAUUGGCUCAGCCCUUCGGGUAUGUCCAGAAUCUCCCCACUUCUCCAACUGAACUGGUCUGGUCCCCACACAGCACAGCUGAACCCUGGGAUUGGCUCAAGGUGGCUGACUCAGUCUUUUCAUCCCUGCUGUUCACCAGUUCCAUGGGGGCUUAUUGGCAGGCCCGAGUCAGAAGAGGGAAAGGAGAAUUUAGGAAGGAAAACAGGCGACAGAGGAGAAAGCAAGGCUGGGCUGGUGGGAGUGGGAAGCUUCCUUCCAGGCCCCUUGUGGCAGUUGCCACUGCAGCAGGCACGCCGUUCUCUCACCCAGGCUUCUGGGCGUGAUUGUGCUUUAAAACAAGCACAUGAGACAUCGUUCAUGCUUGGUAGCUUCUGUUCUCUUUUCAUGUGGCUUGGUACAUCAUCUGUCAGGAAGGUCAGAACCUGCUUUUCUAUAUGUUAUACUUUUACUUUUUAAUAUUCUCACAUUCAAUAUUUACAAUUUAAAUCUCACAAUUUAAUAUUCUCACAUUUAAUAGUUUUGUUGUGUGUUUAGAAGUGGCCCUCACUUUAAUUACUGUGGACUUUGCUAAAUCGCAUCUUUUGGUCAGUGUAAUCAACCAUGAAUUACCCAAAGAGGAGAAACCGGUUUCCUGUUGUACCUUACACAUCCACUUUUAUUAUCAGCCCAGCAUUUUACAUCUGUAGGUAAUUAGAAGAGCAGGUACCUUACAUGCAUUUGUGAAAUACUCCAAAUUUUUUGCAGAACGUGUAUCUUUAGGUAGCUCAGGUAACAUGUGAACAGUUGUUCACCGUCUUGUCAUGUUUCUGUGUACACACUGUGCAGCCUGUCCUGAGGUCUGUCCAGUGCUGUGUGGGUCUCCUUCCCGCCACCAGCACACAGCCACCGGGAGAGGCUGUUCAGUGUUGCAUGUUUUUCCUUUUUAAAAGUUACCUUUGACUUACAGAGUUGGGCAAGUAAACUCAAAGUUAAUUUUUCUUAUUUCUUAUGAUCAGAAAUCAUAAGAAAUGGUUUUACAUUAAACAUGUUUCUUUUUUUUUUUUUUUUUUUGUUCAUUUUAAUCUGAGUCUACUCCAGCAAAGUGUAUUCUGAAAAAGGGAGACGCUGUAGACCAUCUCGUGAGUGAUGAACCCUGUGGUUCUGGACUUCCCACACAUCUGAAUAAAUGUUUUUAUUCUGGAAUGGCA